GGUUUUUGGGGUGCGAGAGAUGGAAUCUUCCCAAUGCAUUGGGCAAGACGACGAGCUAGCCAAGAAAUUGGAGGAAGUGUCACUAUCAGAUCGAGAGCACAAUUUCAUAGACAUUGCUAGAGGUGAUAUCAAGAUUGGCGAUGAGGAGUGCAAUCGAAGUCUGUUUGGUAAAAUUAUUGGCGACAGACAUGCAAGCUGGGCCGGCAUUAAACAGUCUAUGAGUAAUAUAUGGCGCAUUCAACAAUCCAUGGAAGUAAAGGAGCUGGGUCCUAAUUUCUUCCAGUUCAUAUUCCUUAAGCGUGAGGACCUGCUGCGAGUGGCCAAAGGUACAAAUUGGAUAUUUGAUAAUCAAUACCUAAUUUUGGCAGAAUGGCAGGAGGGUCUUUCUAUAAAUCAUCCAGUUUUCUCAGAGCUCAAAAUCUGGGUUCAAGUUUUCAAUAUCCCGUUGAAUUGGUUGUGCACGGAGGUGGGGAUGAAGAUUGGAAGGGUUUUCAAAAAAGUAAACAAUGUUGUGGUAGUCGGAGCAGGCAGUCAUGGAGGGCGAAUUAUGAGGCUAUUGGUUACAGUGGAUUUAACGGAGGCCUUGCCGAGAUGUGCUAACAUUAGGCUGGAUAACAGGGAAGUAAAAGGAGGUUUCAAAUACGAGAGUUUAGUUAACCAUUGCCACUACUGUGGCCAUAUUGGGCACUUGGAGAGACGAUGCUUGAUUAGGCAGCAAGAUAUCAAUAAUAAUCUCCUUAAAGAAGGCCAGUUCGGCGACUGGAUGCGAGCCCCUGAGUUUAAUAGCUGGGCAUCUUUUGGCAACUCCAGCUCAAGAAGCACACCCCAAACAGAUCCCCCCCAUGUUGGGACUCAAAGCAACCCUCUGCCCACAUCCACUAGUCAUGUUGAAGACAAUAACCAGAUAAUUGUAGCGAAAGAAAAUCUUGCGGCGAAUCCCAGCGAUAGGACCAAUCAUGUUGCUGGACCUAUCAUCACCACAACACCAGAUGAUCCAGAUAAUUCCAUUGCCUUAAAUCCACUAAAGAGGAUUGUUUGUGAGGAAGACUGCAUCAACAGGAAUAUAGAGGUGGAGCUCGAGUCUGGGAAUUUCAAUAGAGCUAUAGCUGGAUGUUCAGGAGUUCAGAAGCACAUAUCUAAAACGUGGAGAAGACCAGCCAAUCGAGAGAGGAGACUGCAGAGACUCGACCCUCCCAAUACUCAGAAUUUUAUUCCA